AAAAAAAUAUUGAACCGCCAUUUUGUACAAUUUCGCGAAAGUGAUUUGUUUACUGAUAACCACGUUAAUUCUACUAAUUGAUACAACAUUCUAUAAUUUUACGCUAGUUAUCAUAUUAUUAUAGUCCAUAGCAGCCAACAGUCCUGAUAAAGAUAUGGAUAACCAAAGAGAGAAAGAACGCGACCGUUCAAAGCGUGGAGACAGGCCUUCCAGGUUUUCAGACGCUCAAAGAGACCGUUCCAAUGACCGCGAAUCGCGAUCAGAUGGAAAACGCUUGUUCGUGUCCAACAUUCCAUACGAGUUCCGCUGGACUGAACUAAAAGAUUUAUUCAAGGAAAAGGUUGGUGAUGUGGCAUAUGUAGAGCUGUAUAAUGAUGACAAUGGGAAACCUCGAGGCUGUGGUGUCGUUGAGUUCACAAACACUGAAGCCAUGAAGAAAGCACUCUUUGUAAUGCACAGACAUGAGCUAAAUGGAAGGAAGCUAGUGUUGAAAGAAGAGACGGGUAAUGAACGCAACAGGGUUGGAUCUGCAAGACAAGGAGGUGGGGGCGGCGGUGGCGGCAACAGGAACAAUAGGGAUGAUAAAGAUGGUUGGGGAAUGAUGAAACCCCGGGAGCCUGAGAAUUUCAACACAUAUGGGCUCAGUCUGGAAUUCCUCGACUCUAUCAAUGUUCAGCCGCCACUAGUCAAGAAAGUUUUUGUUGCCAAUCUUGACUACAAAGCGGAUCGUGCCAAAAUAAAGGAAAUCUUCAAAAUGGCGGGCAAAGUGCGCAACAUAGACUUGGCGGUAGACAAGGAUGGCAACAGCAGGGGAUUCGCCGUUAUCGAGUACGACCAUCCUGUUGAAGCCGUGCAGGCAAUAUCCAUGUUCGACAAGCAAAUGUUAUAUGAACGUCGAAUGACAGUCCGAAUGGACCGAGGCAACUCGGAAAAGUCUGAAUUUAGGCUGCCGGAAGGUCUAAAAGGCAUCGGCUUAGGCCUAGGACCUAACGGAGAACCCCUAAGAGAUGUAGCGAGGAAUCUGCCUCAGAACUCCAAUGGGCCUAACUUGAACCUGAAUAAUACUAACUCUUCAUUGGGGGCGGGAGUACUGGGGGCAGUGCCGACGGCUAGUGUGGCCCUGAACGGACUAGGCGCUGGCUUAGCCGCUAAUCCACUCACUACCAACACUUUAGGAGGAGGAUUGGGAUUACAGGCUCUAGGUCUAACUGGGCUGGGCGCCCUUCAAAACCAGCUCCUCCAACAAGGCCUCACCGCCAGCGACCUGGCCACCGUCCUCACCGCCCAAGCCCAAGCCCAAGCUCAAGCCCAGGUAGCCCAGGCUGCCAAUGUCGGGGUCAAUGUGAACACUGGCCUGAACCUGAAUAAUGAUUUGAGCGCGCUUGGGAAUAACGCUAUGAGUAGUAAUGUCAUGGGAGGCUUGGGAGGGAAUUCUUCUAUGAGCAGCGGGCCGCUUUCAGCUUCAAGCAGACAAAUGGUGGGUGUGACCGGAUCUGGACAAGGCUACGGCCGGGACUCUAGCGUCGUCCAGCAAAGCUCCCGCGACAAGUCGUCAGACAUGGUUGCUAUCACUAAUCUCCCCCCGACCGUGACGUGGCAGCUGAUCCGCGAGAAGUUCAGCGAGUGCGGCGACGUGAAGUUCGCCGAGAUGACCGGCCCCGACUCCGCUAUCGUGCGCUUCCAUAAGGAGUGGGACGCCGAGCGGGCCAUCAAAAUGUUCGACAGGACCCGUAUUGACGGAAGAACUAUUGAUGUCCGAUUUUUCUGAGACGAGGAAACAAGGAGUGUUUCAAGUUGAUCAGUUGUGGGGUUUGUAUAACGGCUGCCUGCAUAGAAAACUUUGUUCUUUACUCUCCAUUAAAUAGUCCACUUUGUGUUUGACAAUCGAUUAGUUAUGUAUAUUAAGUUUAGUGUAAGUUGUCAGGUUUGCUAUUUGCGUACUUUUAGUUUCUAAUUUGUAAGUUGGAAUAUUUUAUUUGUGAGUUUACCGGAAUACAAAUCUAGGACUUAGAAUUGUUUAAAAAUAGGUUUGGUCUUAAGAAUGGGUCGAUCUUUGUCUUGCGUGACACGCGAACUUGCGUGAUAUGCUGAUGUUCGAUGUAAUAUUAAGCUGGUUCACGAUUCACUUGUUUCACUCCCCUGAUUUG